UGUCCUCUGACAUGGACCGGGCCGGGGAGGAGGCGGAGGCGAUGGAGGUGCCCAUCCCGCUGAGUGAAGGGGAGCAGCUCAUCAUCCAGGACACCUGGGCAAAGGUCUACCUGAAUUCUGAAGAAGUGGGCGUGGCCAUCUUGCUCAGGUUUUUCAGGAACGAGCCCAGCUCCAAGCUCUUCUUCAGCCAAUUCCGGGACAUGGUAGACCCCCUGGAGCUGGAGCGCAGCACCCAGCUGAAGAAGCACGCCCAGCGGGUGAUGAGCGCCAUCAACACCCUGGUGGAGAACAUCCAGGACGAUGCCAAGAUGGCCUCCGUGCUGAAGAUGGUGGGCAAGGCACACGCAAUCAGACACAAGGUGGAACCUGUCUACUUCAAGAUCCUGUGUGGGGUGAUCCUGGAGGUUCUCGGGGAGGCGUACCCGGAGGCGGGGACGGCGGAGGCGGCCGCCGCUUGGACCAAGCUGCUGGCCACCGUGUGCUGGAAGCUCUCUGCCGUGUAUGACGAGCUGGGCUGGACCCCCGGGCCCGGGCACCAGGACGGGCAGCAGCAGCAGCAGCACCACGACACCUCAAGCAGCAGCUAGUCGUCAACCCAAGCCCUUACGCCCUUAUGGCCCCCUCGCUCCUCCUGGCAUUCUGGGAACUUUUGACUGGUUUUAUUGACGUCCCGAAACCCA